AUGGCAGAUACCGAGGAACCUCAGUUCAACACGCUGGCGGAGAGGAUAGCUGCUCUGAAGAAACAGAACAACUUCAGCACCGUCGGCACUCCUGAAGCUGCCCGCAAGAAGCCUCCUCCUCCUCCGCCUCCUGGACGGCCCGCAGCCGAGUCGCGAAGCCAGACUGCUCCCGUCGUGACGGUCAACGGCCCAGCCCACGAACAACCGCCGCAGCAGCCUCCGAGACCUGCCAGGGCAAAUGCCAAUGCGCCGCCACCGCUGCCGCGUCGAAACACGCAGAAUGCAAGCCCAUCGGAUACUUCAGCACCGCCGCCAUUGCCAUCGCGGACGGGCUCCUUCCAGGCGUCACCUGCGCUGCCGCCGCGACGAACAUCGACCAUUACUGUCCCCAAGCCCUCGGGACGGCGCAACUCUGCUUCGUCCGAGGCCUCGUUGCAGUCUACCAUGUCAUCCCUGUCGCUGACCAAGACAAUCUCGUCGACCACGAGCAAUGGAUCCAACGGGACUGUCGUGCACAAGCUGCCACCUGUCUGUGACAUGGCCAGCUUACCACCUCUCCCGCCUACGAGACGGGAGAUAGAGGCCAAGGCAAAGGAAGAUGCUGCUGAGAGGGAGGAGGCUGCUAGACAAAGCGCCGCAAGGACCACGGCCAGCUAUUCAGCUAGGCCCAGCCUUCCCCCCAGGUUGCCCUCAAGGCCGGCCAACCCCCAGACCCAGGCAAGCACCGAGGCUGUACCGAAGCCUGUGCCGAAGCCCGCACCUAUUGAUGCAGCGGCUGAUGAUGUCCCGCCUCGAAUGCCAGCCAGACCAAAGGUCGACGCCGCCGCCGAUACCCCUCCUCCGAUUCCCCUGGCCUCCCGACCAUCCAUGGCCCAGAUUCAGGCCUUUUCUUCCAAAGUACCGCCUGCUCCAGUGGUAUCCAAUGAUUGCUGGACGUGCCGAGAUUGGAGCGGCCCUGAUGGCGUAGCCGCCCAGUACCCCCGACAAGGGCUUCCCCAGCAGGACGUUGUUGGAUACCUUGCCCGCGUGCUGUGCGAGCCGUUUCCGUCAUACAACGACAAGGCAAGGGCAAUCUUCACGUGGUUCCACCACAACAUCAUGUACGAUACCAGGGCCUUCUUCAGCGGCAAUAUUCAGGGACGGACGCCUGAAGAAACCAUACGGUACGGCGCGGCGGUAUGCCAGGGCUAUGCGGACACGUACAAGGCCAUUGCGAACAGGGCCGGCUUGGAGUGUGUUGUUGUCGGUGGCCAUGGAAAGGGGUUCGGCUACACUGCUUUGAAAAAGGGCGAAAGACCGCCGCCGCCUAACGCAACUGGCCAUGCUUGGAAUGCCGUCAGAGUCGACGGCGGCGUCUGGAGGCUUCUGGACGCCUGUUGGGGUGCUGGCCAUAUCUGCGGAGCCAACAACCUGUUCAAGAAGGAGUUUAGCCCUGUACAGUUCACAAACAGCGCUGAGCGGUUUGGAGCCACCCAUUUCCCUUCAGACCCCCGGCACCAGUUCCGCAAUGACGGCCGCACAAUCACUUGGGAGGAAUACAUCAUCGGACGCUCCCAGGGCGAACCGGUGGAGACGUUUGGCAACUGUGGCCAAGAGGGCAUCGCGGAAGACUCCGUCGAGCCCGCGUCGAAGCAGAUCCCCGUCCACAGCGGCGAGGUCGUGCGAUUCCAGUUCUCAAAGUUGUGCGAGCACUGGAAAUCGGAGACACACGGCCGGGGGAAGCCGCCGUUGUUUCUGCUACAGAUCCACGGCGUGGACGGCCGCAAGGAUGACAUGAUUCCCAUUGAGACGGAUGGCUACUGGCACUGGGCCGACGUGUAUGCGCGAGAUCUCGGGGCACCGGGGCAGUCGGUCAUGGUGCUGCAGCUGACGUCUCUUGAUGGACAGGACGCGCGAGGCGUGACGGCUCAGCAGUUCCUUGCCAAGAAGGGGCGCUGUGCCAUGGCCUGGGCGGGGGUAGCCAAGUGGGAUCUGGUUUGA